GAUAAGAAAACCAAAAGGAGGCCAUGGCGUUGGAAAGUGGAGUCCAGACUAAUGAGCAUCUCUGGACAUAGGGGACACGGCUAAGCAGCCAUGGAGUGGGACAAUGGCACAAACCAGGACCCAGGUUUGCCCCCCACCACCUGUGUCUAUCGGGAGAACUUCAAGCGCCUGCUCCUGACCCCCGUGUACUCCGUGGUGCUGGCAGCUGGCCUGCCACUGAACGCCUGUGUCAUCGCCCAGAUCUGUACAUCCCGCCAGACCCUGACCCGCACAGCCGUCUACACCCUGAACUUGGCCCUGGCUGACCUGCUGUAUACCUGCUCCUUGCCCCUGCUCAUCUACAACUACGCCCGAGGUGACCACUGGCCCUUUGGGGACUUCACCUGCCGCCUGGUGCGUUUCCUCUUCUAUGCCAACCUGCACGGCAGCAUCCUCUUCCUCACCUGCAUCAGCUUCCAGCGCUACCUGGGCAUCUGCCACCCUCUGGCCCCCUGGCACAAGAAGGGGGGCCGCCGGGCCGCCUGGGUGGUGUGCGGGGCCGUGUGGCUGAUCGUGUCGGCCCAGUGUCUGCCCACCGCCCUCUUUGCUGCCACGGGCAUCCAGAGGAACCGCACCGUGUGCUACGACCUCAGCCCGCCUGCGCUGGCCACCCAGUACAUGCCUUAUGGCAUGGCGCUCACUGUCAUAGGCUUCUUGCUGCCGUUCAUGGCUCUGCUGGCUUGCUACUGCAGCCUGGCACGCCGCCUGUGCCGCCAGGAUGGCCCUAUGGGACCCGUGGCCCAGGAGCGACGCAGUAAGGCAGCCCGCAUGGCGGUGGUGGUGGUGGCUGUCUUUGCCAUCAGCUUCCUGCCUUUCCAUAUCACUAAGACAGCCUACUUAGCCGUGCGCUCUACUUCUGGCGUCUCCUGCCCAGUGCUGGAAGCUUUUGCAGCCGCCUACAAAGGCACGCGGCCCUUUGCCAGCGCCAACAGUGUGCUGGAUCCCAUCCUCUUCUACUUCACUAAGAAGAAGUUCCGCCGGCACCCACAAGAGCUGCUGCAGAAACUCACAGCCAAGUGGCAGCGACCGGCUCUGUGAGCCCACGAAGCAGACACCAGGAACCUGGGCAUCCGUUGUGGCUGGGGAC